AUGGACCAAGUCUUCGCUCCAGCCCCCGAGCCCAAAACCGAGCUUGGGAGAUAUCGAAUCCUCUCUUCUACGGCUGGCAUUCGUGUAUCUCCUCUCCAACUAGGAGCAAUGUCUAUUGGUAAUUCGUGGUCUAACUUUAUGGGCUCAAUGGAUAAAGAACAAUCUUUUAAGCUUCUCGACUAUUUCUUUGAAGCUGGUGGUAACUUCAUUGACACUGCGAACUGCUACCAAGAUGAUGAAUCCGAGACAUGGCUCGGCGAAUGGAUGGCGACACGGCAAAACCGUGACCAGAUGGUCAUUGCCACAAAAUACACCACUGAUUACAAGUCACACGCCCUUGGAAAAGGGCGGACACCUAAUACUUCUGGCAACUCGCGACGAAGCAUGCACAUGAGUGUCCGCGACUCACUCCUCAAGCUACAAACCGAUUGGAUCGAUAUCCUCUAUGUUCAUUGGUGGGACUUUACCUCUUCUAUCAAAGAAAUCAUGGAUAGCCUGCACGUUCUCGUUGAGCAAGGCAAAGUUCUCUAUUUGGGGGUAUCCGACACGCCCGCCUGGAUUGUGAGCGCGGCUAAUGAGUAUGCCGCUGCGUUUGGCAAGACUCCGUUUAGCAUUUAUCAGGGUCGCUGGAAUAUCAUGCUGCGUGACUUUGAAAGGGAAAUCAUCCCAAUGGCCCGUCAAUAUGGAAUGGCUCUCGCGCCAUGGGAUGUUCUUGGCGGAGGCAAGUUUCAAACGAAGAAGGCGUUGGAAGAGCGGGCGAAGAAGGGCGAAGGCCUACGUUCGAUGCACGGUAACGAACAGAGCGAGGACGAGAGAAGAUUCAGCGAGGCGCUAGAGAAGGUUGCUGGAGAACAUGGCAUCGAGUCCAUCACGGCAAUUGCACUCGCCUACGUACGAGCCAAGGCGACCCGUGUGUUUCCCAUGGUCGGCGGCCGCAAGAUCGAGCAUUUGAGAGACAACAUUCAGGCGCUGAGCAUCAAGUUGACACAAGAGCAAGUGGAGUACCUGGAGAGUGUGAAGCCCUUCGAAAUUGGAUUUCCCAACAACUUCAUCGGGCCCGAUCCCCAUGUUACCGGUCACUUCACGGGGCUGGCUGCAGCGAGCGCAGCCCUCGCAGUUGAACAAUCACCCAAACCGGCGGGCCUUGCGUGA